CAAAAAGCAUGGCUCGCAGUUUGGCUCCUGUUGCCCAGUCGUUCCCCAGCGUGGAAACCGCGACUACCCAGCAGCCCAGGCCCUCGGUCACGUGGGACUUAAGUUCAUCCACGGCCUCGGACUCCACCGCCCAGGCGACUACCAGCCUCCGUACUUAUCCGGCCUCGGCCUUCUUCCACCGAGAUAGGCUUGGCAGCCGCCCCGACAUCAGAGCUGUAGGGACCCAGCCACAGAUCUGCUUCCUGCGGCCGCGGAUGGCGCGGCCGCUAGUGCUCUUCAGCUUAAUGAAUUCCAGCGAAGCAGCGGUGACAAAAUUUUUACCCAAGAGCCACUUAUCUCGGGUGAUUAUUCGUGACAACCUCAGUGCACAACGAAUCUAUGAAAUGGAGACAAAAGCUUCAGACAAGACCAAGAAAAAGAUGAGCUACUUGUAUGACCACCUGAAAAAAAAGUUCAUGACGGACCAGCUUAGAAAGCUGGGGAAUUGGAAACGGGAAUCCAUGAACCUCCGGCAGUACCUGAAUAGCACUGGAGUGCAAGGUCACUCCAUCCUACCAAGAGAAGCUAGCCAUCGCCGCCUUCGUGGCAGACAAUCUGCCCCAUGACAACACUAGACCAACGGGAGGAAUAGAUGUAGAAGCUAGCCAGCUGACACCAUUGUAGAACAACAAUAAACCAAGACCAGUAGACAGUGGAGCAUAAAAACUCUAGCACUUCUAA